CGCAGUGGCAGACUAGCUCCACCACCACCCAGUAUGGUGUAGACUUUCAAGAUGGAGGUUUCUCCUCGAUAGGUUUCUGUUUCUAUUUCAGAACGUUCGAUGCCCGCGCGGAUCACCCGCCGUUCGAACCUCAAAGCUCGCUUGUGUUCGAAACGCGAUUCUUUAUUCGACCCACGUGGGAUUAAAUGGACGGCUUUCUCCCGUGCUUUCUGCGCGUUCGCCGCGGUGCUUAUUCUGUAACUUCCUGGUUGUCGCAUUUAACAUGUCAGUCGAAACUGCGGCGAGAGCUCGAGUUACUUUGAAGGGAUCCGAGGACAGAGGACACGCGCGACUUUAUGUCCCUAAUGUGAUGUUUGAAGACUGUUUCCAGAGAAGGGAGAAAGGACAGAGACAGAUUUCAUAAAGUCUUCAGCGAUGGAAAGUGGGAAUGGUGGUGCCUCGAGUAAAGGUGUUUUGGUGCCUGUCUCAGAGAGAUCUGACGUCUUUCAAAGCAGUAUUGUGGCUCCACUUAGAAGUGCGUACUUGUAUGAGGAGUCUAAACUAUCCUUCAGGUACAAGUCGGCUUUCUCGGUUAAAAAUCCAGCUCUGGAAGAAAAGUAUCAUGCUUUCCGAGAAAAGAGAAGAGAAGUAGGUUAUUCAGAAGAGGAUCUGAAGGAGUCCUAUGGGUUUUUGCUGUUUGACGAUUUCAACAAGGCUAAUGCACUGGGAGAAACUGGUGUGCUCACUGGAAACAGCACAUGUACAACUCUGGGAGAUCCCUUGAAAGGUGUUUACAUAUCAAUGUACUCUGACUGUCUGGAUCUGAAUCGCUGGUACCAUGGGAAGUCUGGAUACAUUGCCAUCAUCAGGCUGACAAAGGGUAGAGUUAAAAAGGUUUUAGAGAACUACACCCAGAACUUCACAACGCCCACGGUUGGGUUUGACUGUCAUGUGUCCGAACAGUUGCCCUUAGUAUCUUCCAAAACCAGCUCCUUCCUAGCAUUUGAGAGAACUCAAUAUUACAUGUAUGAGCUGCUAGAUGAUGGAAGCAAUGUAACUACUCAAUCUCCCAGCGCUGCCUGUCCAAUAGCCAUUGUGUCAUUUUCAUAUACGGAUACCAAAGCAACACUUGAAGCACCAGAGGAGAAAAGUGAGGAGAAAAAACUCGGUUGUCAAUACUUUUCGUGGAAGGGUCAGCUUCAAAUAGGCCCACAGUUCUAUGAUGUUGGGCUGCGAUACACAGCACAGGCCUUGAUCCCUGCAGUACUGCCACCAGUGGUUAAAAUAGACCGAGCCAUUUCCAUGUUCAAUCUACGACUGCUGCUGCCAAGGGCUGUCUUUGAAACCUGCUUUUCUGGAGAAGUCUUUCUGGACAGCUUAUACUUCAGUCUGUGUGAGUUGGUUUCUUCUGAGGUGGCAGAAACUCACUCACUCUCUCUACUUCUGCGUGAGAUCAAGGAGAAAGAUCUUGCUCUCUCUUAUCAGCUUAAUGAUGGUGGUUUUCUUAUCCUGUUGCACUCCUCCUAUUUCCUCACAUAUGGUGAUACUUGGUCAAGUGUGACUGAUGGCCUGCAAGCCAUGUUUGUGUUUCCAAACUCACAAGUCAUACAGAGAGACACAAAAUUUCGAGAGAAAAAGCUUGCCAUCUCCUCUGAGAUCCUGCAGGUUCUACCGGUGCUAUGUUAUGCAGAGGGCGAAGUUGAGAAAACACCACUUGAUCCAAGUGAAGAACUCUGUGAAGUCUUGGUGCAGCAUAUGCAGAGUUACGCAUCACUGAUAAAUCCUGGCUUGGCAGUCAUUCCUACAAGGGAAGUCAGCUUCUUUCCUGAUCAGUAUGAUGUGCCGGAUGCCCACAAGCACCUCUACUCAUCUCCAGAUUGGACUAACAGGGCAUGGCAGAGCUUCAUGUCAUACCUGAGCAAACCAGACUCUUUUCAACUGCCGGUGUCCAAGGCUUCAGAAAUCCUGGUGGCUGGACAAGAGGAGAGAAUGGAAGACCUUGAUGAUGAUGUCUACAUCUGUCUGUCAUCUCCCGAGGAGCCACCAGCCAUGCCUGAUAGCAUGGAGUCAGAAGACCAGUUGACAGAUCAGAUAUCUCCUGUUAACGGCGAAACACCUGUGGACAGUUGUAUAACAAGCGCAGGAUCACCAGUUGACUUAACUGUGCCUCGAAAUGUUGUACCAGAUGAUGUGCAAGCUGGAGAUGCAACCAAAGACACUGGCAAAUCUGAUCUGAGUGUGCUGAUCAAAACUGAUGAAAUGGGGGCAAAUAAUCUCCUGGUUCCUUCUCAAUCAAAUGGCCUUCCUGCAGAGCUGAUUGUCAGCAUAACUUCGGCAGAGAAAACGGUCACUGAUGAGAGUUUAAGUGUGAUAAGUACUAUGUCCGCCACAAAGCACAAUGACUUUCAGCUUUCUGGUUUUCCAACAGCCAAAUUACACACGGAAGGAGUGAACUCUCUGAAUGAUGAGAGUGUUACAACCAAAACGGUUUUGCAUUGCCCUGUGGUCACAAAGCUCACAAAAACAAAACGGAGGAAACUACGCAGGGGACAUCCAAAAAAUCCGAAAAAGUUAUCUAAACCUUUCAUUGGACCUACCAGUUUACAAAUACCAGCGGAGGAUGACAAGUUGAAGAGUCCGAAGGAAAACCAGGCAAAGGAAUCAUCAGACGCCCCAGAGUUCAGUCAUCCUUCAAAUAUUGAUCGGAGGAAAGUAAAAAUGCGACAGUGCAAAUUUAGAAAUCAACCAUCACAAAAUGAAACGGUUAGUUCUGCUUCUGUUGGAUUAGUGGUACCAGAGGAGGAAAAAACAGACCCUGGACAGCAGAGCUUGGAAACCACUAUUACAAUGGACUUUGAAGCUUGUCCUAUGAGGAAGAAAACGGAGCGCUGGGACUUAAAGCCAGUCAUCAGCGAAUGUGGAAGAAUCUUGGUUCCUCAUGGCUCUGUAGACUUUGCUGAUCAGAUUAAGUCUUUAAAGGAUAAACUUCGAUGUAAAAAAGAUGAACAGUGUCCUGAAAAAAUGUUGGUUGAUACCUCUGUGACUGCUAAUGACUCGGAUGAAAUGGUGCAAGAGUCCAGUCCUACUCCAGAAACAGCAGUGGGUGAAACAGAGGCAACAACAUCCAACGAUGGAGGGAACCAUCUUCAACAUGUUGUUGUUGUCAGUGAUGUUAAUCCUGAACACAACGUUUUAGGAUCGUCAGAGGAUGGCAAUGGUUCAUUGACUCUGAAUUCAGAGAGCAGUGAGCAUUUUUCAAAGACUGAUGGCACGGCAACCCCUCCCUCAGAAGCAGUUAAAGAAAAUCACACUAACACCCUCUCUCCAGGAAAGAACGCCAAAAAGGGGGAAUUUCUGUUGAGUAAAUUGAAAUCGGUUCUUCUACGAGGGAAGAGAAAAACGGAUAUCCUUGUUUCAGAGAAAACGACUGCAGAUACUGCCCAAGACACUGAGCCCUGUCUCAAAAAGGGCAAAGUUGAUUCACACGCUGGAAACCUGAAGAGUAAUUAUGCAAUUACAAGUGUCAAGGACACCAGUGCGAGUGUCAAGGAAGUUUCAGAGAUGCUGUCAGUUGACCCUAUUUUUGCAUUUGCAUUAGGUCUGACCCCUAAAGCGAAAGCAGAUAAGAUACAGGAAACUGAGUGUCGGGAUACUCGACAAGAGCAAACCAUUCUCGAAAAACAAUCUCAAAUCAUUCACAGACCUCCACCAAUCUUUUCGCGAAGGGGAAGGAUUAAAACGCUCAAAAAGCAUCAAGCCAUCUCUACAGAAUAUGUCAAAAAGAAAUGGUGGUUACAUUUUCAAACCCCAGCUUGUUUUGCCAGUGAAACGCUCAAAAACAAAGAGUGUACUAGAGAUAAUUCUGUCAGGAAGCCUGUUAAGGAAAAAAUGCAGAGUGCUUGCUCAUCUACAGAUGCUUUGAGCUUACUUGCUGACUUGGCACUCAGUGCCAGUAAUGAACAGGUCCCACCACAACCAGACCCAGCACUUGAGAGAAAAACUGAGACAAGUUUGAAGAAGGGUGACCUUUCGAAAAAUCUUACCAGUGCUGAGCAAGAGUCAGUUCUUCAUUCUCUGCUUAGACAGCCUGCUGCUACAACCAUGCAGCCUCUUGACUCUACUUCACCAAACCAUCUUGUGGAAGGCAGUGAAUGGGUUGGUUUGGUAUCUAAAGAACAUGCUUACUCAUUGCCCCCGUCUUCCUCUUUACUGUUGGGUUUGCCAGGUACACCUUUCCAGGUAUCCCCUUUAAGUGGUUCUUCCAGACUGCUGCGCCAUCACCAGACAAUGUAUGGCAAUGGAAUUAAAACACUACAACCCUCUGUCGGCCAGGAAAACGGUAGUGAACAAAACAACAGGAGUCCAGAAUACCUGAACAAACAAAUGAUGCGCAGAAGAAAGUUCAGACACGCCCGCACCUUUGUUGACAAGGAUGGAUCUAUCCAAGUCACAAAGCAAUGGAAAGAAAACUAUGACUUUAGUCAAGACAGCAAGUUUACAAAUGACUCGAAGGAUAGAACUGUUGUCCGAGCCUUACAUGGCCCAUGGGAUUUCUCCAUGCAAGACACCAAUGAAGAGGUUCGGCUCAUCGUCCACAUGUGGAUAGGUCUGUUCUACAGCCGGUCAACAGCUAGGUUCUUUCAUGUUGACCCAUACCCGCAUUCAGAAGAGAGUUAUUCUUUCGAGAUGUCCAGUGGAAUGGUGCCAGAUCAGUCUGAGCUCAAGGCCAAAUCAUUUGGUCCUUUCCUGAGUUUUACAGACACUUCGAUUUCAAAAGCUGUGGACUUCAGCAAAAAAGACGACUCUAUGUUGGACCAAUGGUCAGAGAUUUUGGACUUGUCACUGAGAAACUCCAAUGCAGAGAUUGUCAGUCCAGAUCCACAAGUCAACAGAAAAGAGACUUCUGUGUCCAUUGUUCGGAAAGAACCAUUGAACACACUCGAGUCAUCCGUGGGACCACAGGAGGAAAUCACAAUACAGCGUUCCAAAAAGGUGGUACCAUCCGCAGAGAUCAUUCAUGAGGUGAAUGAUUUCAGAAGUGCCUUAGAAAAAAAGAGGACUUGUACCCCUUUGCAAAAAGCUGGGAGCCUGGAGCACACUGAUGUACCAUCUUGUAAAGAUGAUGGAACAAUCAUUUUGGUAAAAGAAGAAAUGGAAAUGGUAUCUGUUCAGCCAGAAAAUAAUCAAACUGCGUCAGGAACUAGCCACGUGUUAUUUGGAUGCAACAAUAAGAAGACGGCUAUGAAAGAUGGAAUAGAAAAUUCAGAAGCUACAGAGACGACUUUAGUCCAAAAACAUGGAAGGGAUUCAUCCGAAUCUGUGAAAGACGAAGAGGUAGACUCCAACAGAGAAGCAGGUGAUGUGCUUCAUACAGUUGAGCAUGAUGAAACUGAAUCCAAAGAUGGGGAAAAAAUGGAAGUGAAAGAAAAGCCAUACCAAGAAGGCAAUGUAGAACCUUCUCCACAGGUGAUUCAUACAAAUGAGGAUCCAACACGAAAAGAAUUGAGUAUAGUGUGCAAUGGAAAUGUUUUGGAAAAUGAGAAGCAGUUAUCUGAGGAGGAGCCUAAAGCAGUUUCACCAGGCAACUCUGAAAAUGUCAAUGAUGAUGUGGAUUGUCGUGCAAUGCACAAAGGUAAAGUGACUGAAGAUGAAGAUCACAUUGGAAAAGAGGAUGGACCUGAUGAGAAAGACAGUUGUGUUUCACCUAUGGAAACUGACAGUGAUUUGAGUGACUCCAACAGAGAAGCAGGUGAUGUGCUUCAUACAGUUGAGCAUGAUGAAACUGAAUCCAAAGAUGGGGAAAACUGGGAAAUGAAAGAAAAUCCAUACCAAGAAGGCAAUGUAGAACCUCCUCCACAGGUGAUUCAUACAAAUGAGGAUCCAACACAAGAAGAAUUGAGUAAAGUGUGCAAUGGAAAUGUUUUGGAAAAUGAGAAGCAGUUAUCUGAGGAGGAGCCUAAAGCAGUUUCACCAGGCAACUCUGAAAAUGUGAAUGAUGAUGUGGAUUGUUGUGCCAUGCACGAAAGUAAAGUGACUGAAGAUGAAGAUCACAUUGCAAAAGAGGAUGGACCUGAUGAGAAAAACAGUUGUGUUUCACCUAUGGAAACUGACAGUGAUUUGAGUGACUCCAACAAAGAAACAGGUGAUGUGCUUCAUACAGUUGAGCAUGUUGAAACGGAAUCCAAAGAUGGGGAAAACUGGGAAAUGAAAGAAAAUCCAUACCAAGAAGGCAAUGUAGAACCUCCUCCACAGGUGAUUCAUACAAAUGAGGAUCCAACACAAGAAGAAUUGAGUAAAGUGUGCAAUGGAAAUGUUUUGGAAAAUGAGAAGCAGUUAUCUGAGGAGGAGCCUAAAGCAGUUUCACCAGGCAACUCUGAAAAUGUGAAUGAUGAUGUGGAUUCUUGUGCAAUGCACGAAAGUAAAGUGACUGAAGAUGAAGAUCACAUUGGAAAAGAGGAUGGACUUGAUGCGAAAGACAGUUGUGUUUCACCCAUGGAAACUGACAGUGAUUUGAUUGAUCAACCAGUACCUAUGAUGAGUGAUUGCCCAGACUCUGUAAAGGUGGAUUGCAUCACAGAGAGUAAUCCAGAACCACCAUUGGAUGAGCAACCACCUCAAGCUGACAACAAAGAAGAUGCCUGCCAUGAUUUGCAGUUGAAAAAGCUGUGUGCAGAUGGCAGUGUGUUGACAGAUGAACAUGACAUUUCAGAAAAAUGUCCUCAUGCUCCAUCAGAAAUGGAUCCUUUUUCUUCUGAACCUGCAGUUGAGAAACAUUCAGAAAAUGAUACAUGUUUGGCAGAUGAGGUACAUUAUCAGAAGUCAGCAUUACCCAUGUCCGAUGAAAACAAGUGCACAGAUGGGCCUAUUCUCCAGACAAAUGACAGUGUUGAAAAAGGAAGCCAAAACAAAGUAAUGGCAAACUUCAAUCGGAGUAGUGAUGAUCAUGAAAUUCGAGAUACCAAAUCAAUCAAGGGAGAACAAGAUGUUGAUAACACAACUGAAAAAGAACAAUUUUCUCAUCAGACUCAUUCCCCUCAGUAUGAAGCUGAAGUGGAACUGUCUAAAGAAACAGAUCUCAAACAGAUCGACAAAACAAAGGAGGCAUUGGAAAAGAUCCAUCGUGAGGUUGUCAUUCCAUUUAUUGGAAUAGACACCUCUGAGGAGGAUACAGUACAACCACAUGAUUCACACUCACAAGGCAAGGUUGAAGAAGUGGUUCAAGGCCAGGAAGAAAUACCAUUCAUCGGUAAAAGUAUCUACCCUGAAACUGACCAACCCACAGGAGUAUGCAGUGCAUCUCAAAUGGACACUCGGAAGGCAGACCUGUCCUCUGGCAAAUUAUCACUUUCACUUAUUGAUGCAAGUGAUACAAACCAUCCAGGAAGUGACUGGGACGACCGAUGCUCCACCCCUACUAUGGAUGAGAAACCAUUUGAGGACUUCAAUUUCUCUGGCUCUAGUAGUACUAGUGUUUCUGCCUUUAGUGGUAGUGAAACCUCCAAAAACAUGACUCAGAAACGUCUUAGUAGAGGCUCCACAUCCAUAAAGGAUGAGAUGCCUCAGAAGUCUACGGUUGAUGCCAACCCUCAACCUGAUCUUCAUCCUGAUGUUGAACUAAGAACUCUUAGAGUUCUACAAAGUAUAAGCACGUUCCUCUCCAAAUCAAGCCACAGUGACACUUCCAGCCAGAUUGAAACACCUGAAAUGAAACCCACUCUUGAUCAAACCACUUACCCCAGAAGCAAGAACAUCAACACUGGCUUUGCCCAAAGCCAUAACUCAUUUGACUCCAAAGCCAAGAAAAUUAGCAAUACAGCACCAGCUGUGGUGUUAGCCUCUACCUCACAAGAACUGUACCCAGAAUCAACAGGUCACUUUAUUAUAUCACCUUUCAAAAGUAAAUUAGAGGAAGUACUUGGUGUUAAGUUGCAGCUACAGAAAACUGACUCAUCAGUUCAUCAACGCGUUUUUGAAAAAACAAAAAAGAUACAGGAAACCUCCGCAGGGAAAGCUUAUUGUCAAACCUACAGAUCUGUUCCCUCUACUGAGAGUUUGAAAGCUAUUAACCCAAAUUUUGACCAAGAUACACAUAAAACAACAUUACAGACCAAUUUAAGUAAUGAACCACGUUCAUACAGUCAGCGUCCUGUCAUGGCAGUGAAACCGUCUAAGAGUGAUGAAAGUCAAGGGGAUUACAGCGCUAAAGACGGACAAAUUGAAAGUGCUGUAGCGUCACAUUUCUCCAAAGAUAAAGAGGCUAAAAACUCCAAAGUCACAUACACCAUACCCACUACCAUGCUGUUGGUGAAAAACCCAGAAAUUCUCAGAACAACCUCUGAAGGAGUAUAUGAUGACCAACAGGAGGCCAGUGGGCUUUCUUCAAGGAGCAGUUUGUCAUCAUAUGUUAGUGACAGUACGUCACAAGACAUUUCAAAAUGUAACCAGAUUUCCUCGUCAUCUAUCUCCGGCAUGUCUUUCGAAUCUGCACAAAGUUCCUCUAAGCUUGAUGAUGGAAACCAAGGUUCAGUUGAGAAAGUUGGACAAACGACUAAAAAGAGCAUUCAGAUAAAUCAGAAAGACUGCACUGAUGCAUCAUCUUCACACGCAGACUACAACGAUACCGGCAUACUAGUCGACAGUCUUUUAUUGGGACCUGAAAGCUCACUCAUUUGUACGGUCUAUAACACCAGCCGGAAGAGAUCUUAUUCUUUCCUGGAGCAGGUUUCUCGGAGGUGCAUACAAGAUGACCUCACCGAGGCAUCAAUGGAGCAGGAGUGCCUUAUCUUCUCAGAAAACAUGAAACAGCUUCUGAAAAAGAGUAAGACAGGACCCAUCAGCCAACAGGACCCACAUGACGAACUGGAUUUGUCUUGCGCCAGUCCAGUGACGGUGCACUUUUGCAGUUUAGAAGAGCAGGAUGAUUCGGUGGAUCACUUGAACACAUAUUUGGACACUCCAUCACUUGUUGGACAAAAAAUCAAGGUAGACUUGUCUGAGAGGCUAGACCUGAUAUAUUCCACAGAGGAAGAAAAUACUUUGCAUCUUCAAAACACUUCUCAAGGAGCAGGAAACCCGAUGGAACAUGCUGGAGUUUCUGGCAUGACUUCAGAGUGUGCCCAGCAGUACAAGGCAAUGAUGAAUGACGUAUGUGCUGUCAAAAAGGUCCCAUCUAGACCUAAGCACUUCAGAAUGGAUAGAGGAUACCCAAACACUGAACCAGGCAACCAUUUUGACUUCUGUGAUCAAAUGAAGAGGGAGCUGGACAAAAGUUUUCGCAGUAAUCUGAACUCCGUUGUGAAGAAAUCCUGUAAAACAAAGUACAGAUUCUACAUAUUAAUGACGUCAGAUGAUCCCUUCUUUGAGGAAACCAAGGCACAGCUAGAGGCAGAGGGCCACACUUCUGUAGAGCCGUCCCAGUUCUUCCUUGGUGAGGAUAGUUCUUCAUCUCUACUCAUCAUCCUCAGGAAUGAAGACAUUGCAGAGCACAUUUGUGAGGUCCAACAUUUGCUCAAGCUGAAGACGUCACCAGAUGUGCAGUUUGCUGGCAUUGACGAACCAGAUGAUGUUGUGAAUCUCACCCAUCAGGAGCUCUUCAUGAGGGGAGGCUUCAUAAUGUUUGAUAGCGCAGCACUGGAGCCCCUCAGCCUUGGCAACAUGAAACAAAUGUUUGAAAUCUUGCAAGAGUUAAGCAGAACAGGGAAGUGGAAAUGGAUGAUGCAUUACAGAGACAGCCGUCGUCUGAAAGAGAAUGCGAGGUUGAGUGCAGAGGCAAAAGAGAAGAAGAACUUCCUAAACUUUUGCCAAGAAUCUGGAAUAUUAGAAGUCUUGCCUUAUCAUGAGUGUGACCUCAUGUCGAGAGAUCUGCCCGACUAUCUCACAUGUUUGGUCCGUUUGCAGGUCCAGAAUAUAUCGGCCCGUUACCCUGUUUUUAUAACCGAUACAACAACAGACAGCGCGUUCGGAAAGAAUGGAAUUUUAACGAUGACGUUCGACUCUUUCCUGACGUACUCUCCGAGCAAACCAUUUACAGCCUGACCUGGAAAAAGUCAGAUAACGCACAAUCUGUGCAAGAACGAAACAAUGAAAACCUCACUGGAUGUGAGGAGACACCCACAAACUACCAUUUUAUGGUGAUUUCAAAUGUACUACAUCGUAUGGAGCAAUAAUUAUUGAUUUAUUCUUUGACCUGUUUUUUUGUUUUGUUUCAUUUGUCCACUAAGUUAUCAUUCGGUUAUGGAUAGAGUGACAAAAAUGCCAAUAUACAGGCAGUUGUACUGUAUAUACUGUAUGCAUUUUGUAAUAUAUUUUUAUUGUAAAUUGUUUUUUUACAGUUUAUAGUUUGUGUUCUUUACAAUCUUGACUUCUUACAUUUGCAGCACAAUCAUUGUUAGUGUUUGUUUUACGUACAUUUUGACAACAAAGCUAAAUUAGGCAGUUUUCAAAUGGUGUAUAUUUUAUAUAUUUAAGUAUGCUAAGGUACACUUGUCCAGGUGUAGUGAUCCUUAACUCAAAAUGUUGAUAAGGAGCACAACAAUUUAGCAUUAAUACUAAGAAAUGUAUAUGUCUAUAUUUCAUGACUCUCUACAGAGCAGUUUGACUGAGAAUAAAAAGGUUUCUGUAAUUGUUUUGCUUUAAAGAAAAUCACCCAGGCUGAGCCUGAAUACACACAGACCACCCUAACGGGAAAAAAAGGCAUAUGAAAAUGUUAACAAUGGGAUGAAAUGGUCUGCUCCUCAAAAGAGCAAAUUAACUGUCUUUAAAAUUAGUGUGUAGGUAAAUUAAACAGUCAUAAAACCCCCAAUGGAAAAUUUUAAGUAAGAACUUUAACCAGGAGAGGGCCUCACUGAGAAUAAAAAUCUCCUCGACAGGAGUGUUCUAGACAAGACAGCAGCAGCACGUCAUACAGAGGUUGCAAAACCUAAAGGUCAUAAUGUUAUACUGAAUUACAUAAAAUAUGAUAAGCAGGUAUGAUCAGAAGAUAAUGUACAACUGAUAAGACAAGUAAAGUGCAAUUGAGUGCAAAUCUUCGGAGGGUCUGUCUGACUCUACCAUUGCUGGAAUAUU